AUGCAAGGAGAUUGCAUCUCUGGUAACAAUGGAUACACAUCGACCGAGCGUGUAUAUCAUCAUGGUAGUCAGGAUGCCCGCGCGGGAACGACACUUUACAAGUCCGGGCGUUCUACUGGUGAGACAACUUCUGUGUAUCACGGCUUGGGGUCUGUCACGCUUGAUAGGAUCGAAAGCAAGGAUGGAGCUAGAUACUAUCCGGUCAUCACUUGGGUUUGCAAGACCUCGAAUGCUGAGAGUUCCUUUCCAUUCGCAGUACGUGGAGACUCUGGUGCUUGGAUAACAAGAGUGGAUGGCAAGGUCUUUGGCAUAUUGACCGGAGGCGACGAGCGGCAGGGAACGACCUUGUUCUGUCGGAUAAAUGACGUGUUCGACGAUAUCAAAGAUAUCACUGGCGCAGUUGACAUUAGAAUCGCCCCUGCGCCAGCACCCGCAACAGUUCCGUGA